AUGGCCUGCGCAUGCCGCUCCUCUGCCCUCACACGACCACUCUUCCACAACACUCCUCCUGCAGCAAUCAUUCCUCUCGCAAGUCGACCGAAUCUUCAGAUACGAUGGAGUUCACAUGCUCCCAGCGCACCCUCUCUGCUCGCCAAGGGCGUGAAACCCGUCACCAUACAGACAUUGCAGAAGAUGUAUGCAGACAAGAAACCCAUAACCAUGUUGACAGCACACAACUUCCCCUCAGCGCUGAUGGCACAAGAAGCCGGAAUGGAUAUGGUGUUGGUCGGCGACUCACUGGCCAUGGUGUCCCUCGGCAUGGACGACACAUCUGAGGUCACCCUCGAUGAAAUGAUCAUGUCAGCCCGAGCCGUUAGCCGCGCCGCCAACCGCUCCUUCACCGUCGGUGACCUCCCCAUGGGAUCCUACGAGAUCAGCCCCGAACAGGCACUCGCCAGCGCCAUACGCAUGGUCAAAGAAGGAAGAAUGCAGAGUAUCAAACUUGAGGGUGGUGCAGAAAUGGCUCCUCAAAUCAAAAAGAUCACAACUGCCGGUAUCUCCGUGUGCGCGCACAUCGGCCUCACCCCGCAGCGCCAGCACGCCUUAGGAGGGUUCCGUGUCCAAGGCAAUACCGUCGAGAAGGCCAUGUCGCUGUAUAAAGACGCCCAGGCAGUGCAAGAUGCAGGUGCGUUCAUGGUCGUGUUGGAAUGUGUCCCGCCAGACAUUGCAGAAGAAGUCACCAAUGCUUUGAGCAUCCCCACAAUUGGCAUCGGCGCCGGAAACAAGACUAGCGGACAGGUCCUGGUCCAGAUUGACAUGCUUGGGGUUAGAGGUCCCGACGCAUUCAUGCCCAAGUUUGUCAAGAGGUACGGCUCGAUAUGGGAGGCCGGCACAGCAGCCAUCAAGCAGUACAAGGAUGAGGUUGCCGACCGAAGUUACCCGGCUGCUCAGUAUGUGUACAAGAGCGACAGCAAGGUGACGGAAGCCUUCAAGGCGGCCAUCAAAACUGGCUAA